GUUGCACUGAACCCUCAGUUGAGUUUCGAACUUCAACAGGAGUUGAAUACGCGCUAGAGUAGAAAGCGAUCUUACGAGUCAACCGGAUCGCGAUCAAAUAUCAAAUUCUUGGAUUACCACCACACUUCACUUAGUGACCAGUUGUCUGCAAGCAGACCGCUUAUAAGUUUGCCCAUCUACCGAAGAAUGGGUCGCAAGUCGACUUGCAGGCUGGUCCUGCUGUUGGCCUUCAGCCUGGCUCUAAUCCACGCCAGCCACUCAUACCCCGAGAGCCAAAAGAUCAAGUACGUCCACGAUGAUCUGACGGAAAACGAGCUGGACUCCGGCGAGGAUGUGAGUCCCGCCGAGAGCCUGCCCAAAAUCUCCACGCCCAAGGCUAAGGAACUAACCGUGGAGACGACCACCAAGAGCGCGGAUACCACGACCACGUCCUCGGACACCGAAAGGUCCCUCAGCGCCGAGGCCAUCAAGGACCUGUUGGAGGCGGCCAAGCACAGCCAAGCGCUGAUCGAGGAUCCGCACUUCAACCAGAUGAUCAACGCCACGUCCACGUCUAAGGCAAAGAACUCCACCGACGUUGGGGAUAACUACGAUGACUACUCCUACGACGAGGAUGACUACGACUAUUCCAACGAGGACAAGGAGACGACCACCUCCAGUCCCAAAAAGAGCAAGGCCAAGCCCAAGCUGCAGCCCAUCGUGGACACAGCCUCAUCGAAGCCUAAGGGCAAGACCAGCGAUCAAAAGACCAAGGAAAAGACUAACGACAUCGACAGCGACUCUCAAUACGAGUACGACGACGAUUUGGAUGAGGACAAUGAUGAUGAUGAGGAGGACGAUGCUUCUGACGAUCUUUUGACCGACGAUGAGCAGGUUGAGUUCAGCGAGAACGUGCCCUGCCCGCGAUUCUGUACUUGCGCCCGAAAUGUCAACAACUACCUGGUUGCCACCUGCAGAAGACUCGACGUGGGCACCCAGAGGUUUGGCUCGGACAUCACGGACCUGGUGGUGACCAAUGUGGGUCCCAAAUACCCCAUCCUGAUGGGCCCCAAAUUCUUCUCGAACCUUGGCCUCAAGAACGUGGCUUCGAUCAAGAUUGCCAACUGCACCUUGGAGUACUUGCACGCAGAGGCCUUCCACGGGCUGAACGAGCUGUAUGCGGUUAACUUGACGGAUGUGGGCUUGGCCAUCAUCAAUCCGGAUACCUUUGUUACGAACAAGAAGUUGCGCAUGCUGACCAUCUCGGGUAACGACCUAAGCGUAAUGUCCGCCGUUCGCUAUAUUUUGAAGUCUUCCAGCAUCGAGGAGCUGGACAUCUCGCGCAACAACCUCAUCGAGCUGCACCCCAAGGCCUUCUCCCAGCUCUCCAAUAUCGUUUACAUCAACCUGAGCCAAAACAGCCUGAAGAAGGUGCCCGAGAAGGCGUUUGAGAACAUUACAAUGCUGGAGGAAUUGGACCUGUCCUACAACUCACUGACUGAACUGCCCCGCGAUAUCUUCAAUGGCACCUCUCUGUCCAUUCUGCACCUGAAGUACAAUACCUUCAAUGGCGACCUGCACUUUGGCACCAAGGAUCUGCAGCAGGUGGAUCUGAGCUUCAACGCGAUUGUCCAGGUGCACCACACCAUGUUCGACAAGAUGCCCGGCCUGACCAGCCUGAACCUCAAGGGCAACGGCAUCAAAAAGAUUCAGCCGGACUCCUUCCUCACGCUGAAGAGUCUGCGGCACAUCGAUCUGUCGAUCAACGAACUGGACCAGAUCUCGGGAAUGAUGUUCUUCAAGAACUCCGAGCUGGACGUCAUCCGCUUGAACGAUAAUCCUCGUCUAAACCAGCUGCCCACCGAUGGCUUCCUGAGCUACAGCGGCGAGUUCACUGUGUACUACCUGGACCUUUCCAACUGUGCCAUCGGUGCACUGGGCCACAAGGCCUUCGCCACCAUGCCCCAUCUGACCACCUUGAAGUUGGCCUGGAACAAUAUCAACCACCUGCCCCGUGAGAUUUUCACAGGACUUACCAAGCUGAUUGAUUUGGAUCUGAGCAACAAUCUGAUUCCCCGCAUGGACGAUCUGAUCUUCGAGGACAAUGGAGAGCUGACCAAGCUCAGCCUGGCCGGCAACCCCAUCAGCCGCUUGUCCGUGCGCCUCUUCGAGCCACUGCAUCAACUGCGUUCCCUGGACGUCAAUGACUGCGAACUGACCGCCCUGCUCUCCGAUCGCCAAGCAAACAUGGUUUACAAGAUCUUCGACAGCCUGCGCAGCUUCAACGCCUCUGGAAACCUGAUCAAGAAGAUCUCCUCGGAGGAUGUGAAGAGCUUCAAGAACCUGCGCUCCCUGGAUAUCACCAACAAUCCUCUGAAGUGCACCCGCGAUUUCCAGGACUUCAUCAGCUACGUCACUCUGCAGAUGCAGAUGACUCCCAAGCGCAUGCCCGUGCUGGCCAAUCUGGAGGACGAUGCCACCAUCGUGGAGCUGGAGACGCAGGCGCAGGCCGGAUGGGCGACUCUGGCUCACCAGGUGUGCAAGCACGAAGAGGGAUCAGAUCUGCUGGAUGAGAAGAAGGCCGACAGCGCCGAGGCCAAGCUGGAGAAGCGUCUGAAGGAGAGCGAGAAGAAGCUGGACGAGGACGAGGAGAAGCUGCUGAGUGUCCUGGACAAGAGUGUGCUGGACAAGAGCCGUCUGAGUAGCAUGCAGAAGAUCAUGAAGGGAUCGGUCAACGCCGAAACCCAGAAGCCAGAGGAGGACAGUGCCGAGGAGACCAUUAACAAUGGCGGCGAGGAUAAGGAUGACGACGUUAGCGACUAUGACAGCGAGGAGGACGAUGACGAUGAUGACGAGGACGACGACGACGAUGAGAGGUUCGAGGAGGAAAGGAAGAAGGGCAAGGCCAAGAGCGAGUCGGACAAGGCCUUUGACACGUUUGUGAACAAGGAACUGAAGCCCCUGCUUAAGGAUGAAGGCGUCAAGGCGGAGGAGGUGGAUAUGUCCGAGGAGACGAACGACAGGUUCCUGUUGGAUAAACUUGGCUUUGUCAGCGAAAGCGGGGAAUCGGAUGAGUUCACUGAGAAGGUGAUCUUCCACGGCCGACUGUCCUACGACACGGUGGUCCCACUGAUCAUCGUGUCCUUCUGCCUGCUGAUCAUCGUGCUGUCCAUCGCCCGGGUGAUCUACGUGGUGCUCCGGAAGCGUGGCGAGCGUUACCGCAUGGCCCUGCUGGCAUCGAAGAACUCGUUCGUGUACCAAAAGCUGAGCGAGGACAUCGUGAAGCCCACCACCAGCAAGGACCAGAAACAGCCCAAGCAUCUGAAGCAGCCCAAGGUGCACCGGUACGCGCCCAUCAACCAGGUCUAAGUCCACCUGGAAUCAGCAGUUCCGGGCCGGACUUCGCGGAAGUCGAACGAGUUGCGCUGUUUUUCUAAUUUAUAAGUUUAUUGAUAGUUGAACAAGUGGAAAUCGCAUCAGACAAUUGACUACACACAAGCACAAGAAUGAAAAGAAACAGGAGGGGGAACUCGUCGAGGAGCAGCAGUUGGCAGUUAAAAGUAUUAGCGAAAGUGCGAGGAAACAAAGCAACAACUGAGAAAUACUUGAAUCCAAAUAAGAGAGAGAAGAAAUCGUAACAGCAAAUUCCUUUAUCCCUGAAAUAGCCUAUCCCGCCUAGUCCUGUUGCAACCAGUCAAAAGGUAAUUGGCAACAGCAGAGGGGGGGUUUAGAAAAAGCGUUUGAUUAGCAACCGUUUCGAGAGCAACGGACUUGCCACUGAUCGAACCAGUGCCUUAUAACCCACAUCCAAUAUAUCCAUACUUAUGAGAAUUUCGGGAACAACUUGAAGAUUUAGUGCCAUUUUGCCAAAAUUCAAACCGAGCGAAAAUUAUUAAACAACAUUAGUGUUUCUAAAACUGAGUGUCAGUCAGGAACGAGAAACGAGGAGCAAAGAGCAGAAAGUAGCGAGGGUCUGUGUAGCAAAGAAUAGGAAGACUCCCUAAAAUAACGUCUGAUUUUUAAUCUGAUCAAGAGAUGAGCGAAAUAAUUAAUGCAUAAACUAUGUUAAGUCUUUUUUAUUACCUUUUUUCCAAUCGAAGUCAAGCAACCGCUUGACUUUUUCGACUUUGAAACCAAUUCCGAAAACAAUAAAUUAUUUUAACCAAACCGAUGGUAAUCUUUACAAUGCAUACUUAAUAGACAUACAUACGUACUUUUAACAAUAACAUGCCUUUCAAUAAAAUUGAAUAUAUUUUA